UGGGGUUAUGUUUGUGUAUCAUAUUCAUGCUCAUAUUAGGAUAAGAUCGUUCAUCGCUGAUCUGUGAUUUCGCGAGUUUCAGUUAAAGUAUUUUCAUUUAUUUUCAAUAAAAAUGGCAGCAACCAAAGUCAAAAAUGACAAGCCGUCGAACGAAGAAAUUUACGCCAUAUUUCAGACUUUGAGGAACGAGCAGCGCGUAUUAGCUGGUAAAUUAUCAGAAAUGGAAUCUGAACUCAAUGAGCACAAAGUCGUGAUAGACACUUUGAACAAAGUUGAUGGAGACAGAAGAUGUUACAGAAUGGUCGGAGGUGUUUUAUGUGAACGCACUGUCAAAGAAGUUUUGCCCAGUUUGGCAAAUAACAAGGAGCAGUUGACAAAACUCAUUGAAACUUUGAACAAACAGCUAUCUGACAAAGGAACAGAAAUUAAUGAAUUUAAAAAGAAGCACUCCAUUCGUGUACAUGGUAACGAGGAUGUGAAAUCAAAUCAACAGAGCGAUGAACCAGAAUCUACAAAGAAAAGUGCACUCAGCACAAUUUCAUAAAACAGUGCUUUGAUUUAAAGUCAAGAAAAGUUAUAGUUUUGGCUGUUAAGUUAUCAAAAUGAAGUACUUUGUGUCCUAAUUUGUGUUUGUGUUCAACGAUAUCAUUUGCAAAAUGAAAUUUUGUACUAUUUCAUGUAUAAAUAGGAUUUGCACAAAUAUUAAUGCAAGUUAAUAUCUUCAUUUUUUUACGAAUUGUUAUAUUUCUGUAAAAAAGUGGAAAAAUUAAAUUACAGAUAAUUCACUGAAAA